AUGCCGUGGAAGCUCUUCAACGUGACUGGGAUUUGCCGGAAGCUCACCAAAUCUCGCGUCCCCGUGGGGGCGCACAGUGUGAAGCGUUGCUUCCAAGUUCGAGCAGUGGUGUACGGUGGGUGGUAUUUUCUCUGAUACCAUCCAAAGUACGACAUAACCGGGAAUGAUCAUAAAAUUUCCCUGGCCAGGGAAUUUGGCCAAGGAAUCUGCCUUCUCAUCCCUGCCACCACAGAUGGUGUGGACGAGGGGGUAGGGCCCCUUCGUCCACACCAUGUUACAGUCCUCGUUGGCGGAACGAUGGCGAAAAUCCCGCAUCCCCACCUUUCAGAGGCACUUAAGAGAAGCCAAGAGUUCGAGAAAGGCAUUCCCUUCCCGGUGAAGACCAAUCUAAUCGAGGAAUUGCUCAAGAGUCAGGACAUUACCAAAGACGAAGCGGAACGCUUCGUGACGGGCACCAGACCCAUCGUGCAUCAUGAAGUGAUGCUUCUAUUGGACGAGUUCCUCGCCAUCAAACGAGAUCUUGGAUCAAGAGUGGAGCAAUCACUCUAUCGAGAUAUGAACCGAGACGAGUUGCUCACGAGACUUUUCCACAAGCGUCCUCUUAUGUUCUGUGGAGCUGGCGACGGGUGGAAACUUCGCGAUGGGAUGGCGGGUUAUGGGGGAUUCGAAACGGUAGGGACGGAAAAUGAGAGCCCACCACUCGUCCUCGAAGACUAUCUCUCAUACGACGAGAUCAAGCUGUCUGCAUUGGUGGGCCUAUCCUCUGAGACUGCCUUCAUUAACGACGGCGACCGAUAUAACAAAGGACGUAAGGGGCCGCCGGGGACCUUCGAAGAGAGGGGCGUCAUCGUGGGAUUAGUCGGAAGUCGGUUCGAGAUUCCUGGACUCAUGGAAUGGCAGGAUCUCGUUGUCGACCCUCAGCAGAACACUCCCAAAAAUGGGUAUGGCGCCAAAUCCGAUGCUUUGCUUGCCGGAGCGGACCAGCAGACCCUUGCGCUCAAGCGCAUGUGGGCGAAGUUCUACGGCGUCACUAACUCUAAUGGUGAUUAUUGUUUACCUACUUUUACUGAAGCGUCUUCGGGCUCAUCCGACUGCUUUCUCAAGAUCCAGCAUGGCACGUUACUCAAUGUAUCUGCUUACAAGAAACGCGUGAGGAUCUUGGCAGAAACUUUACUUUUGGAAGCUAACGCCCGAGCAGAGACCACAGGACGUCGAGCAUAUGUACAUGUGGUCGGACUAGGUCUCGGCGUCUGGUCCUUGAGCCCCGCUCAGGAUCAAUUAUAUCUCGAUUCUUUUGGAGAGGUUUUACAGGAACUCACAUUGCCGUACGUAGCUGACGUGGACUUCAGCUGGAUCAAGGGCCAGAAAUUAGCUGGAAUCUGCAGCGGGGAAUCCACGCGUCAUGGAGUGAAGGUGCACCUCUCGAAACGCAAUCCUCAGGGGAAGCUGACGGGCGAGAACGAAGGGAAACUCCUGGUCGUUUCGUACGCUUGGGAUGGGAAUGCCUUCCCAGGGAAUGAAUACUGGAAUGGGAAGGAAGAGGAGAAGCCACCUCUCGUCCUCAGAGACUACCUGUCGUACGACGAGAUGAAGCUGUCUGCAUUGGUGGGCCUGUCCUCUGAGACUGCCUUCAACGACGGCGGCCGAAAUAACAAAGGACGCAAGGAGCCACCGGGGAGCUUUGAAGAGAGGGGCGUCAUCGUGGAACUAGUCGGAACUCGGUUCCAGAUUCCUGGACUCAUGGAAUGGCAAGAUCUCGUUGUCGACCCCCAGCAGAACACUCCCAAGAAUGGCUGGAUUGAGGGCAAGAAAAUAGCUGGAAUUCGCAAUGGGAAAUGCACACAAAAGGGUGUGAAGGUGCACCUCUCGAAACGCAACCCUCAGGAGACGCUGACGGGCGAGGACGAAGGGAAACUCGUGGUUGUCUCGUAUGCCUGGGACAGUAAUGCCUUUCCUGGGAACGAAUAUUGGAUGGGGAUGCUAAACACCUCUGGGGAUCCUGCUGCGGCCUGCAAUUCGCUUACCCCCCAGCUGCAUAGUCCUCUUGUAAACCCGUUUUUGGACGGGAAGCAUGCAUUUGUACUUCGUCCUGUGAUACAUCAACGCAACAUCAUUCGCAAUAGCGGUAUUUCCGUGUAUUUCGUGGAGAACCGGUUUUGA